CCAAGCUUUUCAUUUUCUUGCUGACCUCUCAAGAUGUCAUUCUCCCGCUUGGUUAAUGAUAUCAAAACCAUGCUCGACACAGCAGAGCCACCUUCAACCUAUGAUUGUUGCAUCUACAAGGUCCCCUCUGAUAUUCGCACACUCAACGAAAACGCAUACACCCCCAAGUUCGUUUCCAUCGGCCCCUUUCACCACGGUCACCCCCACCCCCAGAUCCAAAACAUGGAACGACAAAAACUCAUUUACUUCAAAGAUUUUCUCCAACGAACCGAGACAACUUUAAACGAAAUGGUCUACUACAUAGAUGCUAUCUUAUCUGAUUUCAAAUGCUGUUAUUCCGAAACUCUACCAUUUUCUCAUGAUGAACUUGUCAAGUUAAUCUUAAUCGAUUCUGGUUUUAUAAUUGAACUUUUUUGCAGAUCCUAUUAUGAUGUUCGGUGCAUUAAUAUUCUCUCUAUACCUUGGUUAUAUGUUGGUAUAAGAUCAGAUUUAAUGUUACUUGAAAAUCAGCUUCCCUAUUUCGUUAUUGAAAAAAUUUACAGUCUUUCAUUGAGUUCUACAAAUGCUAGUGUUCCUAACACUAACAUCCCUUCUUUUCUUAAACUCACUACUGAUUAUUUUGAUUAUUACAAUAAAUCAAAAUUGGAUUUUGAUAAGGGUGAUAUUAGUAUAAGGCACUUCACUGAUCUGAUUAGGAUAUUUCAUUUGCAACAUCCUAUUGAAAAUCGGCCGAGUAGAGACAACAUCAACAAACAGAUAAUACAUCUACCUAGUGCAACUGAGUUGUUAGAAGCUGGAGUUAGGUUUAAAGUGAACACUGAAAGUAAGUGUUUACUUGACUUGAGGUUUUCGGGAGGAGUUCUUGAAAUUCCUCAAUUAAUAGCUCACGAUGGGACCGAAAUUAUGUUUCGGAAUAUGGUUGCUUUGGAGCAGUGUCGUUACCCUUAUGAGUCAUAUAUUACUGACUAUGUUGCUGUUUUGGAUUACCUUAUAAAUACUGGCAAGGAUGUGGAUAUACUUGUUCAGAACAAAAUACUGGAAAAUAUGCUUGGAGAUAGUGAUUCUGUGGCUAACUUGUUUAAUGGUCUUUCCAAAUAUGUUAUACAUUCUAAUAUCAGUCUUCAAUUCUCUAUUCUUUGCAAAGAUUUGAAUGCUUUUUGUGGGAAUCCUUGGCGCCAGUUAAUGUUGACGUUGAAGUUGAAGUCCACUCUGAUGCGUGAUUACUGCAGUACUCCUUGGCAAGCUGCUGCUUCCUUUGCUGGAAUCUUACUACUUGUUCUCACUUUAAUUCAAACAGUUUGUUCUUGCAAGUAGUACAACAACCUAAUGCUUCCUAGUGAUUUCUUUCAUUGUUGAGUUCAUAAUUAUUGCUAUUAGUAUUAUCACCAAUGUACGUUGUUUGUUUCAAUGGUUUCAUUAUCUUUUGUGUGUU